AGUAACAAAGUUCUAUCCCGAAGGUUCGCAGUUUACUCCCCGCGUCAGUCAUUUUCCCACGGACUGAGCACUGAACUCAACCUUCUUGCCUACUUCGAAGCUGUGCCUGCCCGGACCCGAGGAAGGCGCCAGGACGCAAAGGGGCGGGCGGCUAUUGAUGAAAAGGACUCUCCCCCGACAGUCUUGGAAGCCCUGCGCAACCAAUGGCGCGAAAAGAUGGAACGGCGCGAAAGAGGGGAGGAUACUUUGGGUUUGAGAGACACCAUCCAGGAGCUUUCCAACGAAAACGACUCCAUCCAAACAGUGAGAAAGGAGCGCGUUUUUGACGACGAGGUUACUGAGGAAGAGAUGAGCAUCAUUCAACAACGGGUGGCAUUGCAACAGCGACGCUUUCAAGAAUAUCAACGCCGAGAAGUCGCACGGAAGGUGGACAAGGUCCGAAGCAUGUUUGAGUUUUUGAAGCCGGAGGAGAUUGCUGAGGCCUUGGCGGAUGCCAAGGAUGACGAGGAUACCACCAUACUCAAUUUCACCAAGCCGCAAUACUUGACGACUUUGCGGAAGCAAAUGGCGCUCAAGUAUCAGACAGCACAGCAAGAAGUUGGGCUCACGGAGGAACAGCAACAGGCAUAUGACCGACUGAUGGAAAAGCGAAAGAAGGCAGUGAAGAAAACGACUGCCGAGGAUGCCAAAAAGCGAUGCAUCAAAUACUCUCGACUGCGGCUAGACGAAGCUCUCAGUCAAUUGGAAGCAGGCCAUGACCCUUCCAAAGUCUUUGAGGGAUGGAGCGACGCGCGUGUGAGAGCCUACCAACAGAUUAAGACGAAGCCGAAUUCGUACUAUUAUCGAUUUAAUGCCCCGGGGGAGAAGCAGAGGAACGGUGUUUGGACGAAAGAGGAGAGGACGUUGUUCUUCAAACGGCUGGACGAGAUGGGAGCGGAUGGACAAUGGGGUAUUUUCUCGCAGACGAUUCCCGGGCGUGUGGGAUACCAGUGUUCCAACUUCUACCGCGGCCUGCUCAAAUCCGGCGAGAUAGUUGACCCCAACUACCUUAUCGAUGCCAAAGGCGAGCUCCGGUACCUCUUUGGCAAAAAGGACGGCGGCGAAGGCGUCAUCCGCCACCACUCCAAACACGGCUCGGGCGGCGUCAAAACCCAACGCACCACAUCAUCCUCCUCCACUGUCAAAAAACGUAAACGCCGCAACCGAAACAACGAUGAUUCAGACGACGACGACGCCGAUGACGGGAACGUCGACGAUCUAUUUGACCAGGACGAUUCGGGCAACUUCACGUGUAAAGUCUCCUGGGCCACCACGCGCCGUACCCGUGCACGAUUGGAAGCGGCGGAAGCGGACCCGAAUGAGGGGACCGAGAACCCGUUGCCGGGGUUUACGGACCCGAUUAGUUUGGAGGAGGUUGUGAAGCCGGCUAUUUCGCCUUUUGGGCAUGUUAUGAGCUAUGACAGCUGGAUCCGCUGCCUAGGCUCCGAAGACCGCAAGAACAUAUGCCCGCUGACGAAGAAACCGCUCACGAAGCGCGAAUUGGUUGUAUUGACGCAUGAGAAUAUUGAGGAGUAUCGUGAUAAAAUCGUAAAUGGGUGAACCUCGACACCUCCCUGCCGGCGUAACUGAAUUUCGCGCCUUUCUCGGGGUCGGCGCUCAGGACAUAUCGACAGGCACACGGGGAUCGACGUCUUUAUAUUAUAGCAACUCUUGUAUACCCACUCCUCUUGGCGGACUGACGAAUUUCCAUCGGCUUUUUUUUUUUCCCUUGAUGUAUAUAUAUUUCCGAAUACAAAUUUUCCGUUUCUCUUG